AUGCAUGAGUUUACUGACGGGUGUGCAGCCCAGUAUAAAAGUAGACAUUGCUUUGGUGACAUCAGUAACUCCUGUCAGGAUUUUGGGUUCAAGCAUUUUACCCGAAAUUUCUUUGAGACAGCUCAUGCUAAAGGGCCUCACGAUUUUGCUAUUUCUAAUUUGACCAUGACAAAGUCCGUGUGCCGACGUAGUAUCUUUCGUUUCAUGGAUUGCAUUCCAAGAGAUGACAACUUGCGAUUUAAGUCAGUACCUAAUAUCAGGUCUGUUCAUCAAGUUAUUGUUCGAGACUCCGACGACGAAAUUACAACCCGCGAACUGUCCUGUUUCUGUGAUAAAUGCGAUUCGCAUUCCUAUGAUGAAUGCCUAAAUAUUCCAGCAGCUGGACAUUUUCUAAAUAUUAAAAUGAUACAGGAAACUGACACCACAACCGACGUCGAUCAGGAUGACGACCAGGGAUCCAUGGCAAAACUUGUUUCUAAGGGCCAGGUUAUUGCUGUGUACGCAGAUGAUCCACAUCAAGACUAUUUCUUGAUUAAAGUCCAAGAACCUGCCCAUACACUGGACAGCGACAAAACCGAUUCGUGGGGCUCGACAUUACCAGCUGGUACUGAUGUCAUAACUGGUCUGUACUAUGACAAUACAAAACAGAAUCCUCUAAGAUAUAAACUUUUAAGACGAAGAAAGGCAAUUGUACCAGCAAGUGCAGCAGUUUACAUCUGCUCCGAAGUAGAUGCAAGGGUCACCAUUGAUUUAGACGAAGAUGUUCAUUUGAAUAUACUGCAUGCGAUAAACGGAAUUCUUAUGUCCUAGAUACAUGUAGGCUGACAUGUUUUUGAAUCGUAUGAAUGCUGUACAUACACAUAACGACAUGGGAAAUAAAUUAUCAAAUAAAUACCGUAUGUAUUUUAAAG